AUGGCGUCGCCAACGCCGGAGAAUGAACAGCUGGCUAAACCCACCUUUAAAUCGAUCUACGGAUACGAUUUCAAAAAUGAGCAGGACCCGUUCUUUGUAAAUGGCAUUCAAGCCUCGCUCAACCUCCUUGAUGCCUCAAUAAUGAGCAAUUUUUUGGUCAACUUAUUUCCAACUCUUUCCAAAGUCCCUGAUUGGUUUCCCGGCACUGCCUGGAAACGCACCGCUCGGAAAUGGAGGGAGCAGAAAAAUUGCGCAGUUAACGCUCCAUAUGAGUGGGCUAAACAGAGAAUUGUGACCGGUGACUUUGAGCCUUCCAUACUUAGCGCAUUGCUAAACGACAAUGAAUCUGGUCCUGCAUCAUCGAUAUCCGAGGAUCAAGAAAAUGAACUGAAGCAGCUCGUAUAUGGUCUAUUUAUUGCUGGCACGGAUACGACGGCUGCUGGCCUUAUGAACUUCAUCGCAGCAAUGGUCUGCAACCCUGAAGCUCAAGUUAAAGCUCAAGCAGAAAUAGACUCCGUGAUAGGCUAUGCAACUAGGCUCCCAACAAUAUCAGACGAAGCUCAUUUGCCUUAUGUCCGUAACCUAAUCCUUGAAGUUUCUCGUUGGUUACCCAUAGGACCUACAGGAGGGCCCCCUCAUGUGUGCUCCGAGGAUAACGUCUAUCAAGGUUAUGAUAUUGAGAAGGGGACAAUGAUAAUAGGAAAUCUUUGGGCAAUGAGUCGGGAUGAAACUGUCUAUGAGAACCCCGAAAGCUUUGAGCCUGAGAGAUUCACCGAUCCAAAAACCCCUCCUCUUCCUGGGUUCGGAUGGGGUAGACGUAAGUGCCCUGGGAUGCAUUUCGCAGAAGCAUCGCUCUUUUUUGUGAUAUCAUCACUUCUCACGACCUUCACCUUUUCUGGUAAGAAGGAUGAAAACGGGAAGGAAAUAAUUCCAAAUAUAGAGGUCGCUCACAACAGUUUAGUCAUUCCACUCAAACCAUUCGAGUUUGAACUUCGAGCUCGGUCCGAGAAACACCGUCAACUCAUUAUUGAGAAUAUUCCUCAAGAUUAA